AUGUCUCAGUUGCUGGAUUAUGUGGCAAUUUUCUUUUUCUGUGUCUUAAAAGCCAGCUCUCUGGAUACGUUUACUGCAGCUGUUUAUGAGCAUGCAGUGAUAUUGCCUAAUGCCACCCUGAUACCAGUGUCCCACGAAGAGGCCUUGCUAUUAAUGAACCAAAAUCUGGAUCUUUUGGAGGCAGCAAUCACAUCAGCAUCAAAGCAGGGUGCACACAUUAUUGUGACUCCAGAAGAUGGUAUUUACGGCUUUAACUUCAACAGGGAAUCUAUCUACCCAUACUUGGAGGAUAUCCCAGACCCUCAAGUGAACUGGAUCCCUUGUAAUAAUCCUGACAGAUUUGGCCACACCCCAGUGCAAGAAAGGCUCAGCUGUCUGGCCAAGGACAACUCCAUCUACAUCGUGGCAAAUAUUGGGGACAAGAAGCCAUGCAAUACCAGUGACCCUCACUGUCCCCCUGAUGGUCGUUACCAAUACAACACUGAUGUGGUGUUUGAUUCUGAGGGGAAACUGGUGGCCCGCUACCAUAAGCAAAAUCUUUUCUUGGGUGAAGAUCAGUUCAAUGCACCCAAGAAACCUGAGGUCGUGACUUUCAACACCACCUUUGGAAAGUUUGGCAUUUUCACGUGCUUUGAUAUUCUCUUCCAUGAUCCUGCCAUGACUCUGGUGAAAGAUUUCCACGUGGACACCAUACUCUUCCCAACAGCUUGGAUGAAUGUUUUGCCACAUUUGUCAGCUAUUGAAUUCCACUCAGCUUGGGCUAUGGGCAUGGGAGUCAACUUCCUUGCAUCCAAUCUACAUUACCCCUCAAUGAAAAUGACAGGAAGUGGCAUCUAUGCACCUGAUUCUCCAAGAGCAUUUCAUUAUGAUAUGAAGACAGAGAAGGGAAAACUCCUCCUCUCACAACUGGCCUCCCACCCACACCCCACAGCAGUAGUGAAUUGGACUUCUUAUGCCAGUGGUAUAGAAGCCCCCUCGAUGGGAAACCAGGAAUUUAAGGGCAUCAUCUUUUUUGAUGAGUUCACCUUCUUGGAGCUCAAAGAAGUCACAGGAAAUUACACAGUUUGUCAGAAAGAUCUCUGCUGUCAUCUAAGUUACAAGAUGUCUGAGAAGAGAUCAGAUGAAGUUUAUGUACUAGGGGCAUUUGAUGGACUACAUACUGUGGAAGGGAGCUAUUAUUUACAGAUUUGUACUCUGUUGAAGUGUAAAACAAUGGACUUUCACACUUGUGGUGAUUCAGUUGAAACUGCUUCCACCAGGUUUGAAACGUUCUCCCUCAGUGGCACUUUUGAAACCCAGUAUGUCUUCCCUGAGGUGCUGCUGAGUGAAAUUCAGCUUGCACCUGGAGAAUUUCAGGUGUCAAGUGACGGACGCUUGUUCAGCCAGAAGCCACUAUCUGGACCUAUCUUGACAGUAACUCUGUUUGGAAGGUUAUAUAAGAAGGAUAGUGCACCAAAUGCUUUCUCAGACCUCAUGGCACAGGCACUGAGAGUAAUGCUUAUAGUUGUCAUACCUAUUGUGUACUCAUUAGGUUGGUAG